GGCCAUGGGGCAAGGUGCACAGGCACAGAGAUCUGCGAACGUCUACCAGGGUGCAGCACACUGCCAUGGGGCAGCACGGGACAUGCACUGUGCAACAGGAUCCCAUCCUGGCAUGGGCACCCCCCAGCCAUGUGAGAAGGAACCCAGCCAUGGGGCACCCAGCCAUGGGUGACAUUGCCACCCACAUGGCACAGGGGAAGUGCUCAGAGUGCGCUGUGAGAGCAGCAGGAAGGACCUGCUUGGGGGCUGGGACAAAGCAAAACCACAGAAAAGAGGAAGCCCUGAGUGCUCCAGCCCAGAACCAGCAGCUGCCCCGGAGUACCUGCGUGGGCAGUCACCAGCCCUGGCUGUGCCGUGCUGCGCCGUGCUGUGCCGCGCCACACCGUGCCGAGCCGCUGUCCGUUCCACAUGAGCAACUCUGACUCAGUUAAGAAGCAGAACCUUUGGCAAGGCCAGACACAGGCAGAAGGGCACUGCAGUGGGGUGAACGAAGGUGCAAAUGUGCUUCUCAUGCUGGAUGGCACAGCCUCCAAGAAGGUGACACCACCAAGAAGGUGACACCACCAAGAGGGUGACAGCCAGCCCUGCUGAGCACCGGCAGCAUGUCCCGGGCACCACCACUGCCACGGCUGCCAUGGGGCCGGCCCAGUGUGAAGGCAGCGGUCACUGCUGGGUUGUUUGUCACCGUGCUCUGGAACCUGAAGUGCUUCAUCAACUCGUCUAACAUCUCUGGUGAAGCCCCCAAGCAUACUAAGCCACUGGUGGUCCUGGUGUGGGAAUGGCCUUCAAAUCAGGUCCCGAACAUCAGUGGGGACAUUUGUCAUGAGCUGUACAGCAUUGAGGGAUGCUGGCUCACCAUGGAGCAGCAGCUCCUGCACCAGGCAGACGUGGUGGUGUUUUCUCACACCAGGCUCCAGCAGGGCAGGGACAAGCUGCCUCGGGAGAAGCCACCAGGGCAGAACUGGGUGUGGGUCUCCCUGGAGUCCCCCACAAACACUAAAGCAUUAGCAGGAUGGAACCAGACCUUCAACUGGGUGAUGACCUACAGACGAGACUCAGACAUCUUCAUCCCCUACGGCAAGCUUGUGCCCAACCGGUCAGCCACCAUGAACAUCCCCACGAAGACCAACUUGGUAUCCUGGGUUAUUAGCAACUAUCACAGGACUCAGAAAAGAGCUGAAGUCUACAAGAACCUGUCCAGGUACCUCCACGUGAACAUAUAUGGGAAGGCAAACAGAAAUCCGCUUUGCAAAGACUGCCUUUUGCCAACGACAUCCAAGUCCAAGUUUUACCUGGCCUUUGAGAACUCCAUCCACCGGGACUACAUCACUGAGAAGCUCUGGAGGAACUCCCUGAUGGCUGGCACCGUGCCUGUGGUGCUGGGGCCUUCCCGGGCCAACUACGAGCAGUUCAUCCCCGCAGACUCAUUUAUUCAUGUCGAUGACUUUAGUUCCCUGGCAGAGCUGGCCACCUUCCUGAAGACCAUGAACUCCAGCCGUUACCAGCAGUUCUUCGCAUGGCAGAAGAAGUACAGUGUGAAGCUCUACGCAGACUGGAGGGAGCGCAUCUGUACCAUCUGUGCCAUGUACCCCAGCCUGCCCCAAGGCCGUGUCUAUCCCGACCUGGAGAGCUGGUUCAACACCUAGUGCAGGGCUGACACGUGCUGAGGGCACUCAGCACUGCCAGAGACAUCAGGGAUGCAUUUGUGCAGAAGAUAAAAGUGGGAGGAGUGUGGGGCACCCUGCGACAGAACAGGAUGCUGUGCAGGGAGGGAUGUGGGACCUCUAAUACUCGCCCUGUUGUUGCCACAUUGUUACCUUGAGCAACUCUGUGUGACUUAGCUUCCUGCCAAAUGUGACUAUCCCCCCAUACUGACCUACCCCGCUAUGGUGCUGGCAUAACCAGAGGGUGCUUUGGAAAUAAAUGACACAGGUUUCCA